CCGAGCCGGAGUCUCACCAGGACGCGAGUUAAGAGUUCAGAAUGACUUCCUUCUUGACUUAUACCUUUAAAAAUCUUCCCACUACAUCAAAAUGUGCCCUCAGAUUUUCCAUCAGACCUCUGAGCUGUUCCUCCCGGCUACAGGCUGCCCCAGCUGCCCAGACCAAAUCGAAGAAGACCUUGGCCAAGCCCAACAUAAGGAAUGUCGUGGUGGUAGAUGGUGUUCGCACCCCAUUUUUGCUGUCAGGCACUUUAUAUAAAGACUUGAUGCCCCAUGAUUUGGCUAGAGCAGCACUUAGGGGAUUGCUUCAUCGGACCAGUGUCCCAAAGGAAACUAUUGAUUAUAUCGUCUUUGGUACAGUGAUUCAGGAGGUGAAAACAAGCAAUGUGGCCAGAGAGGCUGCCCUCGGAGCCGGCUUCUCCGACAAGACUCCUGCCCACACCGUCACCAUGGCCUGCAUCUCUGCCAACCAAGCCAUGACCACAGGUGUUGGCUUAAUUGCUUCCGGCCAGUGUGACGCGGUCGUGGCCGGCGGUGUGGAGUUAAUGUCUGACGUCCCUAUUCGUCAUUCAAGGAAAAUGAGGAAGAUGAUGCUCGAUCUCAAUAAGGCCAAGACUCUGGGUCAGCACCUGUCUUUAAUCUCUCAAUUCAGAUUGAAUUUUCUAUCACCCGAGCUCCCUGCCGUGGCCGAGUUCUCCACCAGCGAGACCAUGGGCCACUCCGCAGACCGACUGGCUGCUGCCUUUGCCGUGCCCCGACGGGAACAGGACGAGUACGCGCUGCGCUCCCACAGUCUGGCCAAGAAGGCACAGGAUGAAGGGCUCCUGUCAGACGUGGUGCCCUUCAAAGUGCCAGGAAAAGAUACAGUUACCAAAGAUAAUGGCAUUCGUCCUUCCUCCCUGGAGCAGAUGGCCAAGCUGAGGCCCGCAUUCAUCAAGCCCUAUGGCACGGUGACGGCUGCAAAUUCUUCAUUCCUGACUGAUGGUGCCUCUGCCGUGCUGAUGAUGGCCGAGGAAAAGGCUCUGGCCAUGGGGUACAAGCCCAAGGCCUAUCUGAGGGAUUUUGUAUAUGUAUCUCAGGAUCCAAAAGAUCAACUUUUACUUGGACCAACAUAUGCUACUCCAAAAGUUCUAGAGAGAGCAGGAUUAACAAUGAAUGAUGUUGAUGCUUUUGAAUUUCACGAAGCUUUCUCCGGUCAGAUUUUGGCUAAUUUUAAAGCCAUGGAUUCUGAUUGGUUUGCGCAAAACUACAUGGGCAGAAAAACCAAGGUUGGCCUGCCUCCCAUGGAGAAGUUUAACACCUGGGGCGGAUCGCUGUCCCUGGGGCACCCGUUUGGAGCCACUGGCUGCCGGCUGGUCAUGGCCGCUGCCAACAGGUUACGGAAGGAAGGCGGCCAGUAUGGCCUGGUGGCCGCCUGCGCGGCCGGAGGGCAGGGCCAUGCUAUGAUAGUGGAAGCUUAUCCAAAAUAAUAAAUCAAGAAGAGGUGACCUGAAAUUUUUGUGAAACACUCACACUAGGCAAUGCCAUUUCAAUGCAUUACUAAAUGACAUCUAUAGUUCCCAGCUUCUCUUAAGAAAGCAAAAUUUGUGGCCUUCUGUUAAAUAUUUUCCAGUUAAGCCUUGCCAGUGUUCUGAGCUUUGCAGUAAUCAUGGCUUACUGCUCUUACAGGGAUUUCUUAGUCACCAGAAUCUUACCCAUUGAUACACUCAAGCUUCUUCUCUUUCUUCUUCUUUUUUUUUUUUCUUCUCUAUUUUCAUUAAUGACUAAAUGAGCAGUUGCAGUUUGGGAAAGAAGUUGGCUAAGAUUUGGAAUCAUCUUUUAUAACAUUUGCAAAUUAUACUUAGUCCUAUUUGUGUCCUAAAGAUAAGUGUUUUCUAUAAAAUACAAACCAAUGUGCCUAAAUUAACUUAAAAUAGAAAGAUAAUUCAGAAUCUAAACCACACUGAAAACUAACAGUAAAUGUAUAGCUAUAUAAAUGUCAUCUCAGUCAACUUCAAUAAAGUGGAGAAGUAUA